UUUCUUCUACGCCACUGUUUCUAUAUAAAUGCCGGCGCUUCCAUCAACACCUCUCUUCUUCUUCAAAAUCCACCCCAUUUCCGGCUGGAUCUCAGCAAUCUCGGCGGAGCUACUCGAUUCCUGAAAUUCCGCCGCUAAAAAUGGGGCACGCGGCCAUGAUGUCCGAUUUCCUCCGCCAAUGCGGCGGCGUGGCCGUGAUCGACGGCGGUUUCGCCACGGAGCUCGAACGCCACGGCGCCGAUCUCAACGACCCUCUCUGGAGCGCCAAAUGCCUCCUCACCUCCCCCGACCUCAUCCGCAGAGUACACCUUGACUACCUUGAAGCAGGUGCAGAUAUAAUACUCACAGCUUCUUAUCAGGCGACUAUUCAAGGGUUUAAGAACAAAGGUUAUUCUGUGGAACAAGGUGAGAAUAUGCUCAGGAAGAGUGUGGAACUUGCACGUGAGGCGCGUGACAUAUACUACACUAGGUGUAAGGAAGCUCAGACUAAAGAGACUGCCGGUGAUAAAAUUCUCAAGCAGCGUCAAAUACUGGUUGCAGCAUCUGUUGGAAGUUAUGGGGCCUACCUAGCUGAUGGAUCGGAAUAUAGUGGUGACUAUGGAGAUGCUAUGAAUUUGGAGUUCUUGAAGGAUUUUCAUCGAAGGAGGGUCAAGGUUCUUGCAGAAGCUGGUCCUGAUCUUAUAGCCUUCGAAACAGUACCAAACAGGCUGGAAGCGCAGGCAUUUGCUAUGCUUCUUGAGGAAGAAAAUAUUAAUGUUCCCGCAUGGCUAUCCUUCAAUUCUAAGGAUGGAAUCAAUGUGGUUAGUGGCGAUUCCAUCACUGAAUGUGUUGCUGCUGCUGAGUCAUCGAACAAAGUUGUUGCAGUUGGAAUCAACUGCACCCCACCCCGAUUUAUCAGGGAUCUGGUUCUAUCCAUCAAGAAGGUGACAUCCAAACCAAUACUUAUUUACCCGAACAGCGGUGAGAGCUAUGAUGCUGAUAUAAAGCAGUGGGUGCAACAUACAGGAGUUUCGGACAAAGAUUUCGUCUCGUAUGUAAACAAAUGGUGCGAAGCAGGAGCAUCGCUUGUGGGAGGUUGCUGCCGUACUACUCCCCACACCAUCCGAUCCAUCUAUGAAACCCUCUCGUGCAAAUCUGCCGAUCCAUCUUUAGUGUUCAAGGCACCACGACUCCAACCCAGCGAGGGCUAGCCGACUGGGGAAGAGGAGGCUCAGUCAGCAUCUGGAAAUCGAAGUUUUGUUAUGUUUUUUCCACAUCUGUAAAACUUGUGUGUUGUGUUUUUGUUUCCCCUUUUUAGGCUAAAAGUACUGUCUUCUUCCAUCACAUAUUGUUCAUUACUAUGUUACUUCUUAUAUAGUAGUUACAAAAUCAUCUUUCCACUA